AGGAAAUUUGAACGGUCAAGACUUAAUUUUACUAUACAAAUAUCACCUUAAUUUAUAGUGUGAAGUGAAACUUUGUCGGUUCAAAAGCAAUAUUAUUAUUAUUCUAAUUAAUAAUUAAUUAAUUUCGAUUGUAUUUAUUUUUUUCUUAAAAAAAUCCACUUUAAUUUUGAAUUAUUUUGCCUUUAAUAUUUAAACUCAAUAACAUUAAAUAAAAGUGAAAAAUGGAAACAUCAACAAACGGUCAAGUUUUAGAUCCCGCACUUUAUAAUGAAGAUGAAUUAGUACCACCAACAUGGAUUAAUGGUGAAUUUUUUGAAACUGUUCUAAAAACAGCUAAAAAAGGUGAUAUUGAAAAAAUUAUCAAUUACAAUAUUAGUCCAGCAACUCUUAAAGGUGAUCAUUUUGCUAGUAUUAUGUUUCGUGGUGUCGUGCAAUAUUUAGAUAAAUCAAAUACUAAACAAGAAAUAUCAUUAAUAAUUAAGACAAUGCCAGAAAUUGAAGGUAAUAAAAAGGAUAUAUUAAGUGAUUCUACAAUAUUUGAAGUUGAAAUUGAUAUGUUCCGUGAUGUAAUUCCAAAAUUUGAAGAAAUGUUAAAAUCAGUUGGUGAUAAUACAAAAUUAUCGGCAAAUAUGCUCUAUUAUUCAUUAAGUCCACAUAAAGUUAUUGUACUACAAGAUUUAACAAAACUAGGAUAUACAACAAUUGGUCAAAGAAUGUGUACAUUAGAUGAAAUAAGAAUGGCAUUAGGAAAAUUAGCUAAAUGGCAUGCAUGCAGUUAUAUACUAAAUCAAGAAAUUAAUGGUGGUUUGGAAAAAUUUAUUAGUGGAACAUUUAAUAUGCCUGGUGUAGAUAAGAAUGAAUGUUUUACUAAAGGAACUGAAAGAUUAGCAAAUUUAGCUCGUGAAACACCAAAAUUACAAAAAUAUGCUGACAAAUUAGAUCAAGUUAAGCAUUUAGUAUUGCCGAAAUGUUGUGAAAUCUAUGAUAUGUGCAAAACAAAAGGCCACAUUAAUGUUUUAUCACAUGGUGAUUUUCAUGCAAAAAAUUUAAUGUUUAGAAUUAAUCCAAAAACUCAAUUAAGUGAAGAAGUAUUACUGAUUGAUUUUCAAUUUUGUGUAUGGGGUUCAAUGGCUUUAGAUAUUUUAUACUUUAUUUAUAUGGCAAUUGAUUUUCAACUUAGAGAAAAAGUUUAUGAUGAAAUGAUUUACGAAUUCUUUUGUAAAUUUCGUGAAACAUUAAAAUUAUUGAAUUAUAAAGGAAAAUUACCAAAAUUUUCUGAUUUACAAAAGGAUUUGUUAUUGAUACGUCGUUCAGAAAUUUAUAUAGCUUCAACAUUUUUACCAUUUAUGGUAUCUUUUAUUGAAAAUCCAGAAACUGGACCAGAAGAUAUUGUAAAUAGUGUUGAUAAACAAUAUGAAUUAUAUAAAUUACAAGGAUAUAUUGACACGAUACAACCGACUUUAGAACGUUUUUUAAAUCGUGGAUACUUUGAUAAUCUACUUGAAGAUGACGAUGAAUGAAUUUGAUUGGAAAUUUACCAUACAAUCAUAAGUGAACCUCACACUGAUCCAAAAACAAAUGUAAUAAUUAAAUCUUGAUUUUUCCUAAAAUAAAAUAUAUUUUUAUAUUCAA